AAGUCAUGUCACUCGUGCGCAGUAUGCUACAAUAUGCCACGAUGUUUCGUAACAUGAAUUAGUGUAUUGUUUUGUAGUUGUAAGUCAGAGACGAGUUUAAGAUGGGACGUUUGUUGCUUUAAAAAAAAUAGAACGUUGUAAAUGAUACCCUCAACAUACAUGCCUUGGAGGAACACAGGAAUUAUCGCAGAAAUGAUACUAAACGAUAUUUUUUCUUCGCUUAAGAGAUAGCACCGUAGAAAUGACUCCGAAACGGAAGACCACCAGCUCAGAAUCUACUUCGACAACUAGCUGUGGUUCAUCGUCCAGCAAUUCUUCGAGCUCGGGCAGCGAAUCCAGCUCAUCCGAUUCAGAGAGCUCUAGUAGCUCUGUCAAUAGUCAAAAAGCAUCGGACACAGAAAGAACAAAAAAGAAACCGCCAUUUCCUGCCGGCCACCAUGGCAAGACUAAAACUGAUGCAGUUAUUGUCCCCCCCUCUGAGAAUAAAAACAAAGAGAAAAUACCGCCCAAGUCUAGAUCUGCGGAAUAUUCGUCAGAAUCGGAAGGCUCGCCCAACAAAGUGAAAUCAGCGAAAAGAAAACCGCCGGCCAAACCCAAAGCUACAGCCACGGUCGCCCCGGUCAUUAAACAGCAAAGACCGUCAGCGAAGUCGGCGACUGCCACUGGACAGCAAAAGAACCCACCAAAUUCUAAACCCGCCGGUAACAAGUCAAACAAAUCUACCGCGUCCACGAGUACCAAUGGAAAAGGACAAGAUAAAUCUGCAAAAACAACAUCCGAGCCUGUACAGAAAAAAUUCAAGAAGAAAAGUAUAUUCAGCCCAGAGAACAGCAGCGAAAGCGACAGCAGCAUCCCAGCUAAGACUAGUGUACCGAAGCCAGCGAACAAUCCUGCUAAAUUUACGAAGAGUCAGCAACCUAAGGUGAAGUCAAACGACGCGAAACCGAAGACUGUUACUCCGAUCAGGUCUAGUUUAUUAGCAAAGUCUGCACAGCCACAAAAAUCGGACAGUUCUGCGAGUUCGAAGAGUUGCUCGAUAGGAUCAGGCUCUUCUGGCUCCUCGAAUAGCAGCAGCGAUUCCGAGUCGUCGGAAAGUGUGGCGAGUCCUCAGCCUCGGACGAAGAAGAAAGAUGCUCCACAAAGUACGGCGGUAAACGCUAUCGCGAAUAUUCCGCCUAAGCGGCCGUCUGCGACUGUUGCGCCUGUGAAGCCACAGAAAUGCACAAAACGACAAAACACGGUAAAAACGGAGGACGAAGCCGACGCGUCCGCGAGCGAGAAAGAAAUGGACGAACACGGGGAGACAACGGGUGUUUCGAAAGCAACGACCAAAGGCAAACGAAAGCUGCAAACGCGAAAAGGGAGCAAGUUGCUUCAGCUUCAAACGAAGGCAGGCAGUGACUCGGAGUCGGACACAGCCGAGAGCAAGAGGAGCACGAGCAAAUCGCCUGUUAAACGCGCCGGACCUAGCACAGCCGCCAGACACGCUUCCGGUGCCAACCGUGUACCGCAAAACAGCGGCACCACGAACGCCAGCGGCGGAAGAUCCGGCCAAGGAAAUUACAGUCGAGCACGCGUCACCAAGGAAAGAGAAUGCCCUCUGGCGCCAACGUGCGACUCUCGGGGUCACCUGUCCGGGAAACUCGAGUCACACUUCACCCUGGAGGCUUGCCCCUUGUAUCAUAACACGACGCCGCAAGCUUGCAUAGAGUUUUGCAAGGAGAGGAAGAAACGCGAGGAGGAGCGGAAGAAAGCUGUAGGCUGCCUGGCCAAGAAGUCUCCAAAGGGUGUGCACCAGACGUCGGAUCAGCGCAACUAUCAGCUGAAAGUGAGAGACUCGAGGAGUAAAUGGAAAGGAAGUACUGGAGAUGGGAAUGAAAGCGACAGCGGUAGCGAGCUUCAAGGGAACGAGAAGGAUCGUCAACCGAGGUUGACGAAUCUCACGCCGGAUUACGACCUGAAAUUAUUUAUGGAAGCGCAAGCUAUCGCCAGCGAGAAGAUUGAGAAAGAAUUGAAGGAAUUGGAUUACGAUGGCGAGAGCAGAAACGGCGGCGGCACGCGGGUCAUCGAAAUGGGGAAAUGGGAGAUGGAGGUGUGGUAUCAGAGCCCGUAUCCCGAGGAAUUUAGUCGGGCCCCGAAACUGUAUUUAUGCGAGUACUGUUUGCGAUACGCGAAGAGUCGUCAGGUGCUCAGGAGGCAUCGAGAGAAAUGCUUGUGGAGGCAUCCACCUGGUCACGAAGUAUACAGGAAAGACAAGAUAGGCGUGUGGGAAGUCGACGGGAAGCGUUACAAGCAGUACUGUCAGAAUCUUUGUUUGCUAGCCAAGUUUUUUCUGGACCACAAAACGUUGUACUACGACGUGGAGCCUUUCCUCUUCUACGUGAUGACGAUUGGCGACGCGGAAGGUUGUCACACGGUCGGCUACUUCAGCAAGGAAAAGAACUCUUUCCUCAAUUACAACGUAUCCUGCAUUCUGACGUUACCGCCUUAUCAGCGCCAGGGUUACGGCCGGCUACUCAUCGAUUUCAGUUACUUAUUGACCAGGGUCGAGAAAAAGAUUGGCUCGCCCGAGAAGCCUUUAUCGGAUCUGGGCUUGAUCUCGUAUCGCAGCUACUGGAAGGACGUUUUGCUGCAGUACCUCUGCAACUUCGGGGGCAAGGAACUCUCCGUUAAAGACAUCAGCAAGGAGAUGGCCAUCGACUCGUACGACAUAGUCAGCACCCUGCAGGCCCUCGGUAUGAUGAAGUACUGGAAGGGCAAGCAUAUCAUUCUGAAGAAACAGGAAAUAAAAAAUAGUCGCAGAGUGCCAAAUCAAGCGAAUACCACGGGUGACUGAGCGCUACAACACCUUUGGAAGCCAAAAAGUAGCACGCAUCGAUGACCAGGGGCGUGGAACGGGUGCACAGCACACGGGACCGCAGAAAUGUUCGAAAUUAUUUGAAAUUUGUUCCGAAAUACCGACCCACCUCUGCGGCUCGAUUUCUCGUUUAUAAUUAUUUUUAUAUAUUACUAAACCAUAAGGCGGAACUGUUCGAAAUUGUUUCUUCAAAACGCGAUCAAAUUCUCGUUUACGAUUAUUUUGUAUCCGGCGAGGCAAACGUACAGAAAGUAUGGGCGGAUCGUUUCAUAUUUAUCACGGUUAAAUUCCUCGUACGGUGGGACGAACGUCCAAAAGAAAUUAUUUUGUACGACGGGUUAGGUUAGGCUUCGUUGUUACACGCCGCUGUGAAAAUGAAAAAAGUUCAGGUAUUUUUGGGACAAACCGUGUACAAUGAUUCCAAAAGACGUCGACGAGCAGCGUUCAAGAGCGUCGCGGUGCCGUUUUAUCGCCGCGAUCCCGGUCCGGGUGGCCCGCGAAACGGAAAAUUCUCGCAGAAGGUCGACCGGCCCCGUCGGUGUAAAAGCGAGAAAGAAAGGUAAAGGAAAAAGGGGGAAAACGUACCGGUGGAGAACCGUUGAAAUAAUUUCAGGACGUGAUCGACGACUACAAGGAGAGGGUGAAGAGACGGGGGCCCGUCUACAAAGAGAUCGAUCCGGAGUGUCUGAAAUGGAACCCCUUCCAGCCUCCCAAGACGCCCUCCACCUCGAACUAAGGUUCGCUGCAAGCAGGAGCCUAGAGUGACGCCGACGUCGGCCUUCCCCUUCUCCGUUGAUUGUCGACCGAGGGCGGUGGUCGAUCUCUUUCUUCUUCGUCGUCGUCGACUUCGCCUUUUCUCCCCCACCCACCCCACCUCGUGCACCUACUCCCUGUUCCCCUCCGCCCCCUGCUGCUCCUCGCGACGGUCUCUCGCUCGACCGUUCCUCUUUUGCCUUUCGCGAGACACCGGGGGCCCCGGAGAGGAAGCCACGCCGCGUGGAUUUCACGCCCGUAACGAUCGUGCAAAAUCCGCGAAAAGCCUUCGAGGAAUUCCUCCGGACCGCCCUUUAGGAACUCCCGUGUUCGUAGGACGUAACGAUUUUAAGGUCGAUCGACGAACGGACUCGACCGCCAGGAACGACUGGCAGCGCUACGCCCGAUAGUUUCGUGGAAACGAACUUCCUCGCGUUGCAAAAAGAUGCGUCGCGCGACUGUCCGGUGCAACAGUCGAGUCCCAGUAGUCGGAGAGGGAACAACGACGGAAAGAGAGACCACGGGGCAGGCUGACCCAAACGUAACCUCUAUGAAACUCUUCUGUAAACGAGGAGCAGAAUACACAAUGUCUUGUGUGAACGGGGAUCUAUAGUUGUAAUACUCAUGCUCGUUUUCCUGCGAUUUCUCACGGAAUAUCGAUCGCGUCCCAUGGGAAACAUUCGACUUUGGGUCUCCCGGGGAGUUUGACCGAGUUUCGAUCCGUUAGAGUCGCUUUGAAGCAAUUUCGGAACGGCCAGGGAGGACUCGUUGCAAUAUGUCGCGUUGCACGGGGCACGCGACGAGCAAGAGAUACGUUAUUGAUCACGCUAGGCCAGGCUAGGUGAGGUGCACGGUUCGCCUCGAAACGGAGAAAUUUAGCCUCGACGGUAGGUGCAGGCCUCGGCGUCCUCGGUCGAGCCGUUCGAACGACGUGAAAAUAACUCGAGAGCUAUCGGGAGUCAAGGUUGAACAGGAUCAAUUUAAAACGCUCGCGAUACAAGCCCCGAUCGGCGACCGUUCGAAAACGUUUUUAAACCGUCGACUGCGAAAUUGUUCACGGACUUCUGCGAACGACCGCUCGGUUUCGCGAGCGUUCGUCGAUGCGUGCGUUAAGCCCCGUCCUCAUGUCUGCGGCGCGUGGCGCUGAAACCACUUGACCGUUUAAUGGGUUAUGCUACCCGCACGUCGACGAAAAAAUAAUAUUUUUCGAAUAAAACGAAAGUCUUGAACCCCACAAAAUAAUAUAAAAGAGAGCCUGGGUGACUUAAAAAUAACCUAUUCUCUUCUAAAUGUCUAAGUUUUCUGAAUUUUUACAAUUGCUCUGAUGUAAAACCAGGUACAGGUUAUGGGCAUCGCCAUUUUGUUUCCCAGCAUCUAAUGCGAACAUAAGAAAUAGUUUUUAAUAUAUAGGCUUCGAUCGAGCCAAUAGUUUAGUCACGAAAAAUUCGUAAAACGUAACCUCUCUUUCGACGUCGUAGUGGCAUAACCUCUUAACGCGUUUAGACCAGUUUCGCAUCGUGGGUAACGUCAGCGUAAAACCAGCCGGCACGUCAAAGUGGUUCUGUAAAUAGUACAGAAGAAUAUUUGUCGCGACUUUAAUGUGCCGACCGACUCGACGCUGACCCAUAAUUACCCAUAACGCGAAUCGACCAUAAAUCGUCGAUGGGGAAUUUUAAUCGAUUUUAAACGAGAACUCUUACUGACUUUCAUUCAUUUCAUUUUUGUAUUCGAAAUCCACGGACAAUUCGUUGAAAGAAUUGCCCCCUCAAAUGUGCAGUAUAUUAUAGGUUAGAUGUGUGGGAUUGUGGCUUAACGCGAGACUCGACCACUAGACCAGUGUUUUCCAAACUUUUUAAUCUACGUCCCCUCUACAAGAAAGAAAAUUUCUAUGUUCGAGACAAGUUUCGACGACUAAUAUAUUGUUAGAAAGAAGCGUUCAAGUUAUCCACAUUUCUCUACGUGGCAAAUUUUCUUUCGUCCCCCUCCUCACUUUGAAAAACACUGCACUAGACUGUCCGUAAAGAAAAAGAUUUUUAUAGCGACAAAUAUUCUAUCUUCUUUGUAAAACACUAUGCAACAUAGUCCCUUGUAAUAUAGCUACGUUUCUUAGUUUUAAAAAUGCUUUUAGAUAAAUGUUACGGGCGAUAUUUGUUGCGUACAGUACUCCCUCGCUUGCUCGCGACGGAAUCGCCCCCCCUAGCCCUUGUUUAUGUGUCGUCGGCUCGGACGGCCGGUAGCCGUGUAAUUAAAAACCCCUUUUCGAGCGGCCCGUUCGAGCUCGACCAGUUCCAAGAAAAAACAUGGCGGUCCCGGAUUGGUUUUCGGGAAGCGAGACAGUACUGUAUUCGGCGGACUCCUGAGUCAAACCGUCCUGAUAUCCACGUGGCAGACAGCGGACGUUUAACGUAGCGAGGAGAUCUUGUAAAGAGACGGGUAUCGAAUGUUACACAGACUGAUGAAAAGAAUUUCCGGCGCUUAGCCCUUUGCGAUUGUAAUAUAAUUCGUACACGUGUAAUCCCCCCCCCGUUGAUAGGAAUUGUUUUUAGUACAGUAAUU